AUGUCACGGAAACGAGCGACUAACGAGAAUGAGCAGGGUUUUUCCUCGUCUCCGAAGAUCCUGGAGAUCCAGUUGCCACUGAAGAUUGCUUCGAAGCAGGACCUACUAGCCUGGUCCAAAUAUGUGAUGACCUUGGUGACGCCCAAGGUCAACCUCACGUCAACCUUGAAGGAUAUCUCGUCGAUCGGGUCGCAGCCCGACAAACGAGUGUCCCUCGCAAACAGUUCGGGUUUCAAGUCGAAGGAGAUGACGAGGAAAACUCCAUCAAGCGAGAAGAAGCCAGGCAUCAAUUAUCCUGCGCGAAGACUCAAAGAGCCACCCGUGCAAAGCGCGGACGACAAAGUAGUCGCGUAUCCGUUGCCCGUGGGGAAGAUGAAGUUCACAGCGGCCAUGUUGCAGGAUCCUUUCAGCAUCCCCACGUCAAGCGUCAACGGGCCGAUCACUGACCAGCAGUUAUACUUUGAACAAUACGCAAAUUUCAAUGUCGGGGAUCCCUUUCAACAGAAUGAGCCCUUGAUUUUCACGAGUCCCGAAAUAUUGGCGCGGCCACCUUCCGCCAUGUACCUCCCAUUGCCCCCGAGGGCGACCGACGUCUUUCCAUAUCAGAACGGAAACGUCGGCAGAAACGAUUCCGAGUUCAAAGAGCCCACGAGGCUUUCAACCAAGAAAAGACCCUUGAACGUUCGCAUGAAACCCUUGACGAACAACGAGUUCGCGCAAGUAUCACCGCGCAAUCGGUCGCAGACAGAUGAAUCUCUCUUGACCUUUCCGUUUCAGGCGGUGAUAACGAUCACCAGACAACUGCCUUCGGCUACGACGACCUCGAAGACCCAGCAGAAAAAUUACUUCGCGACCCGCGGUAGAGAUCCUCCGAAUGAGUUCCCGUCGUAUUUCAAUAAGAAUUACACGCUCACGAACGAGUCCGGUCAGAUCAAUGUCAUUCUCGAUGAUUUCACUACGGACAGGAAGAAGAUGAGGAAGAACGAGAGAAGGAAAGGCGAGAAGAAGAAAGGCGCGAAACAGCAGCAGUCGAGCAAGCGACAGCCGCUUAUACUCGGCGAUCUGUUGAGGAUGUUGGGUAUCCUGAAGAAACUGCCAAAGAACACAACUGAGGUCAGUGUCACAGCGCCGGUCCUUUCGAUCUUGAAAGGAACUAACCAGCAGAAGAUACAAGUGACGUUUGAAGAUAUGCUGCCCAAUCAGGAGAGACGCAACGAGACCUUCGCACAGCAAACGGACGACGACGACGACGACGACGACGACGACGAGGAAGAGGAAGGUGGAUCUUUACAGGCCUUGUUGGAGUUACUGCCGUUAGCAGUGCCGAUUCUCGAGGAGCUUAGUGACCCAGAGGCCGACGUCGACAUAGCGGAUCUGCUUCAGAGCCUUAUUCCUCUGCUCGAAGGACUUUCUGACCCGGAAGAUGAGGAUGCGAUUGAUAUUCCAGGCGUUUUGGUGCCGCUCUCUCAAAGACUCAGCGAGGGCAGAGACGGAGAAGGGAGCGAUUCCGGUGCCAUUUUGGGACCCCUGAUUCAACUCAUAGCACCAUUGAUCGGCCCCCUCGUAGGCCCUUUGAUCGGCCCGCUAAGUCGUACCAGCAGUGGCCCUGGUGGUAAAGAGGGAUCAGCGUCUCUAUUAACAUCGUUGUCCGCUCCAUUGAGUGAGCCCGGAGAAAACGGACAGUCGGUAUUCUCAACUCUUGUUGCCGGCAUCACAGCCAAACUAAGCAAAGAACUCGCCAAGUCGGCGGGCGAUUCCGACGUAAAAUCUCUGGUUAGCGCCGUCGUGUCGGGAGUGCUCGCCGGCACCAGCGCUGGUUCCAGCAGCGCUUCCAAAGGCGAUCACAAGAAGGACACAUACUAUGCGCAAACGACUUACGAUUCGUAUCAUCCACAUUACAGACCUCAAACUCCAAAUUCAGGAGACCUGAUCUCCGGGGCCAUCAAAGAAAUCCUCGGUGCUUUCUUAAAGCUGUCGGCCACCUCGUCCACCUCCAGCGCAAAUCUAUCCGGGACAUCGUCCAGCUCCAGCGCUAAUAAGUCAGCCAGUUCCUCGGAGUCCAAGGAACCGCAGCCCGCGCACCCCACGUAUGGUCCACCCAUGAGACCUCCUUACUACGCACCGCCAACAUACACUUCACCCGAGUCCACAAGUUCACCUUACAUAACAUUCACGAGGAGACAAACUCGACAAAAAAUAAAGAAAUUUUGA